AUGAACCCGUCUGAAGGAAACGAUACUACCUUGCCAAAUUCUGGGGAAAGCACGCACGCUCUCGGAUAUAGAAUUGCAGAGUAUGUGAUAAUAAUCUUGGGAUUUAGUUCAAAUUCGUUUAUAUGCUUCGCCUUUGCCUACUACCGAAGAAUACGCACAGUGAAUAACUAUUUUGUACUGAACCUUGCCAUCAGUGAUAUGAUGUUGCUGUUGGUCCUUUGCAUUUGGAAAGCAACGCAAGCCAACCUAAAAACAUUAAUAGUGGUAACGGAAUAUAUGUUGUUUUUAACCAUCUUUGAGGUUUUCUGCGCCACGGCAAGCAUCGUUUCCUUGACUGUGCUCAGCUAUGACCGCUUUUUGUCCGUCACUAAGCCUUUGCACUAUACCACUUUUAUCACCGGGCGAAAAGCUCUUCUCGUCAUCGCCUACAUUUGGUUUCAUUCAGCGGUGAUUGCGCUUUUAGGGCUGACCAGCGAAUUGCCAAAUAAGGAGGUCUUCAAAUUUGGUUAUACGCCUUUACUGGCUUUUUGCAAUUUGCUACUCCCUUUGGCUAUCACUUUGUACUGUUAUAUCAAAAUCUUCCUUAUCGCUUCUAGACACCUGCGGCACAACCCACACCAAAACCAGGGUGCGAACGAGACGACGAAUAUUCUCACCAAGAACCUUAAAAUAGGCUUUCAUAUCCUUGUUCUUGUUGCACCACUCCUGAUGUUCUGGACUGCUUUCUAUACCAUCAGCGUAGUCGAAACAUAUUGCCAAAAAUGCAUAUUUUGUAAAAAUUGCAUAACAACAUUACAGGACUGGAUUAUAAGUAACAUGGGGAGCAUUUUGGGGUCUGUGGACCCGAUCAUAUACAUUUUCCUCACAAAAGACUACAGGAAGAUCAUUUUUAGCUGGUUCAAGCGAAACAAUCGCCCGCUUUUCGUGAGCGAGACAUUCCACCUUUCCACGACAAAAGCGACAACGACUCAAGCUUCACCUGUUUCUUAUCCAGAAAGACGCUUUCCUGAGAUGUGA